GAGUCCAAAAUAAAACGCGCAGCCACUGGGCCCCGCUGGGACAGAGGUGAAUGCGUGUGCGGCUGGAGCUGGUCUCCAACUCCUGUGGGUGGGUGUUGUAGCUUUGUAUUAUUUGUAAUAUUAUUUUAUUCCCGUCGCUGCCGUCGCUUGCUCUGCCGACCGGUCGGCGCUAUCGCCCCUGCGGGCCGGGGAUUUUUUAUCGGGCCAAUCUGUGGGAUUCUAUCAGCUGAGCUGUCCCUGCUUCGUCUGUCGCUUAUCUGAAAGGAUUCGCUGCUGGCAGCUCGCUGGUAACCAGGGCAGGAGUACCCAAGGACGCAGCAAAGAACCAGGGGAGCGGCGCUCUCUCGUCAGCAGCAGAGGCAGAAGCAGAGGCAGACGCUAUCCCACUGAAGGACCGCAUGGCCCUGUACCAGGCAGCCGUCUCCCAACAGGACUCCUCCAGCUACUCCAGCGGGGUCAUGGAGGACCCAGAGGUCUGCUCUCUGCCGGGGGGACUUGCUGGAGUGAGGAGACAAUUUGAAGGGACCUCCAUGUCCCAAAGCUCAGUCACCCAGUUCCACCACCACCACCAGAGAACUGUGCAGGAAGUGUCACACUCAUCCGAGGUGACAGUGAAGGCUAACACCAGAGAAAGUGUCGUCUCGGCCCACCCGCACACCCACAUGCACCACCAUGAACAGACCGUUUACAAUUCAGCUGUUGAUCAGCAUGUCACCUCGAACUCUGAAAAUCAUGUGGAAGGAAAUGCAGGAGAGCUUGAUGACGAUGAUUUAUCCAGACUGACUGCCAAGGAACUGCGGCAGCACUUUGAGAAAACAAUUGAAGAGGCUACUCCCAGAAAGCAGAUUAAGAUGGCUCACGGUGUCACCAAGUAUAACUGGUUCCCAGAGGUUAAUGUAGCCUAUGACACUUCCAACUCUGAGGCCGCCGCCACACCAUGGGACAACCAGGAGGAGCAAAAGGAGGCCUCUGCCUGCGCCCUCGAUGCCGACGACAUGGACUACCUCCCUCCCCCACCGCCAGACUUAAUGGAUGAGCCUGCAGACAUGCCCGAGUACCUGCCUGAGCCUCCCGAGCCCUCAAACACGGGCGGUGAGGGGCUUCAGUGCAUAUCAACACACAAGAGCCAGCAGGCCAAACAGAGGGAGCUGUUGGAACUCAAACGCCUCUGCAAACACAUCCACCCUGAGGUCAGGAAGACCCUGGAGAAAGAGAUCUACCAGGAGGAGUUCCAACAGGAGUUCCAACAACAGGCGUUCCAGUGUCCUCACCACCACCAGCAUCAGCACCAGCAUCAACACCACCACCACCACAUGAUGUCUGGGGAGAUGGAGGAGGACGAGCAGCAGUAUGUGUAUGACAAUAGCAGUCCUAACGGCAGCCCUGACAGAGAGUACCUGGAGUGGGACGAGAUCCUCAGAGGUGAGGUGCAGUCCAUGCGUUGGAUGUUUGAGAACAAGCCCCUGGACGCCAUCAAAGAUGACUCCUCUGAUACAGAGGAUGACAGAAAUGCAGCCAAGAGAGACAUUGCUAGAGGCGAUGUGAGACAAACUACCUGGAUGUUUGAGACCCAGCCCAUGGGUGCUUUAGGUUCAACUGAGCAAAGAACUUCCUCUGCUGAUGUGUACAGAAAAGAUGUACGUGCAGCUGCCAGGAUGUUUGAAAACCAGCCCAUGGACAGUCUAAAUCGCAGGCACACUGUUGAGGAGGAGCAAUCCAAUGCGGUACUCUUCACUGAGGAGGUAGUGAAAGGUGAUGUCCGGUCUGUGAGACAUAUGUUUGAAAACCAACUCCUGGAUAGCUAUGGUGUCACUGAGACCAUUGAUGAAGACCAUCUCUUGAUCCUCAAGUCAAGACGUGAAGAUGUAACAGAAGAUGUAAGAUUAACCAUUUGGGUGUAUGAGACUCAGUGCAUGUGUGUGCUCAAGGAAAGCUCUGGAGAAACUGUUGAAAUCACCUCAGUUCGCCGUGAAGAAACAGAGAAAGGGGAUGUGAAAACUUCAAGGUGGCUGUUUGAAACUCAGCCACUGGAUAGAACCAACAGAGACCUGUCGUACGUCAGACUUAUUUCUGGUGUUUUCAAGGAGGAUCACAAUUAUGGUGAGGUUAGUAAGUGUAGGUGGCUGUUUGAAACCAGGAUGCUGGAUGCUCUUAAUGAUGAAGAGUUAGACCGCUCCAAAAUUCAGAAGGAAGAAAUUCUUGGUGCUGAUGUACGCGCCCAUUGCAUGACUUUUGAGACACAGCCUAUGGACAAACUUAAAGACACCUCUAACGACAGACCCUUGACUGCAGAAGAGAUAGUGAGAGGUAAUGUCAGAUCGGCCAGACACUUCUUUGAAACAGGACCACAAGAUUACUCGAAGGAACUUGCAGAAGUCGGAAAGCUUAAGACAGUGGCACAGUCUGAAGAAGAAAAAGGGGAUGUCAGACACCAAAAAUGGAAAUUUGAAAAUAAGCCUUUGGAAAACAUCCAGGAUCAAGAUCGAGAGGUGGGCAAGCUCAAAACAGUGAUGACAUCUGAAGAAGAGAAAGGGGAUGUUCGACACCAGAGGUGGCUGUUUGAAAAUCAACCUAUUGAGCACAUUAGAGAUGAAAAGAAAGAGAUGGUUCGCACAGUUGACCUGGAAGAACUGUACUCUGAAUCUAAGGCAGAUGUCCGCAAAAAUUGUUGGGUGUUUGAAACACAGCCAAUGGAUACGCUGAAGGACUUUGCCAAUGAGAGGCCACAGUCUGCCGAGGAAGUAAUUGCUGGGGAUGUCAGAUCAGCCAGACACUACUUUGAGACAGGUCCAGGUGACUACAUCAAUGAGCUUGCAGAGGUGGGCAAACUGAACAAAAUGGUGGCGACAGAAGAAGAACGUGGUGAUGUGAGACAUCAGAAGUGGGUGUUUGAGAGUCAACCUCUUGAGCAAAUCAGAGAAGAUGGCAAAGAAAUCACACGAACAGUAAACCUAGAGUAUGAUGAUAGAGGCGAUGUAGCCAAUUACAAGCAAAUGUUUGAAACCACUGAUAUGAACAAAUAUGAUCAGACACAGAGGAUUCAAAUUGAGGGAGUAACACACGGCUCUGUUAAAUCCAACAAGAACCGCUUUGAGACCAUCCCCACAUAUGCACUGCAGGACAGCUCAGGCCACUACCAUGAAGUUAAAACAGUUCGUCGGGAGGAAAUAGUUAAAGGUGAUGUAAGGAGCUGCCAGUGGAUGUUUGAAACAAAACCCAUUGAUCAGUUUAAUGAGAGCGUCUCCAAAUUACAAGUCAUUAAAGGCAUCACACAGGAGGAAAUUGAAUCAGGAGACGUGAAAACGGCUAAAUGGCUGUUUGAAACACAACCUCUUGAUGCAAUUAAAUAUUUCAGCAAUAUAGAGGAUGAGGAAUGUGAAACAAAUGAGUCUUUGGAAGUUGUGAAGGGCGAUGUUAAAACCUGCAAGUGGCUCUUUGAGACGAAACCCAUGGAUGUCCUGUACGAAAAAGAGGAAGUAAAGAGUGAGGAACAAGAGGUUCAUAAAGGAGACGUGAAGACCUGCACAUGGCUUUUUGAAACCCAGGCCCUUGAUACACUAAAGGAGGAUACAGAGAAUGUGAUACAGACCUGCACAGUGAGCCAAGAAGACAUCCAGGGCAAAGAUGUGAGAAUGGCCCGCUUCCUCUUUGAGACAGAGAAUCUUGAUAACAUAAUUGGGGAAGACAAUGAGGCUUUCAAGAAAGUCACUGAAAUGGACAUUCAGUCUGGAGAUGUGUCUCACAUGAAGUACAAAUUUGAGACUCAGUCAUCUGAUGUUAUGACAUCAACCUCUGAGGAGGUGUUGCAAAGGCUGAAGAUGGCACACUCAGAAGACAUACAAAAAGGAAAUGUUGGGAACUGCAAGUGGAAGUUUGAAAACCAACCUAUCGAUGCAAUAACUGAGACAGAUGAGCAAAGAAAUACUCGCACUGUGAUGGAUGUCCAGGGAGGAAAUGUGGAUAAAGGCAGGUUCAUUUUUGAGACCUGCAAUUUGGACAAAAUUCAGGAGGUGUCCACUGAAACAGAAAUGUCUAAUCUACAGAAAAUUCUAUGUGGGGAAAAUGAGAAGGGGGACGUUAAGAACUUUGCUACAAUGUUUGAGACACAGCCUUUAUAUGCGAUACAAGAUCAAGAGGGUCAAUAUCAUGAGGUCACCACUCUCACCAAAGAAGAAGUUCUGAAGGGUGAUGUGGUGGGUGCCAGGUGGCUGUUUGAAACAAAGCCUCUUGAUUCAAUCCGAGACAGCGAUGAAGUGUAUCUCAUCAAAGCCGUCACUGAGGAAGAUGUGAAAAAGGGUGACGUGAACUCAGUUAGGUAUAGGUUUGAGACACAGCCAAUUGAUACCAUUUCUGAUGAACUGAAACAGAGACAAAAGACAGUAGAAGAUAUUCAAGGUGGAAAUGUCAAAUCAAAUACAAAACACUUUGAAUCUGACCUCAUGUCCUCAAAUCUUGUGCGCACUGUCAGUAUGAGUGAAAUCCACAAAGGCGAUGUGAGAACUGCAACGUGGAUGUUUGAGACUCACACCAUUGAUAAACUGCGUGGAGAACACUCAGAUGAGGAGACUGAGGUAGAAGUGAAAGAAGACGAACCAAAGGCUGAUGUAAAAUCUGCCACAAAGCUUUUUGAAACAACCCCAAUUACCGACUUCAAUGAGUAUAACCUGGAAAAAACUGAAAUUGUGGGUAAAAGCAUCAAGGACACCCUUAAUGACCUGUACAGUCAUAGGAUGGUUAAUUCCAAAGGCGUACUAAUUCAGGCAGAUGAAAUUGGGGACGUGAGGAUGGCGAAAUACAACUUGCUGAACAGAGAGGCCCCGGAGAUCCAGAAGGAGGAGAUACUCAGAGGGGAUCUUCAGAACAUCAUGAUGAACCUACUGAAAAGGGAUGAAUCAACAGGACGCCAGGUCACAGUUGACACAGAGGAGAGGGCUAACAUUGACAGCACUGUCAGACAGCUGUUCAGUCAGAAAGAUAUCAACGUAGAGAAGGAAGAAAUCAUCAGGGGGGAUAUUAAUGUGGCCAUAAGCAACCUCUUCAAGGAAGAGAGCAUGGCUCAACGAGGUAUUCUACUUCAGGAGGAUGAGAAGGGAGAUGUCCGCCUGACUAUAUAUUCACUGCUCAAUAAGGAGGAUGACAGCUCUGUUGAAAAGGAGGACAUAAUCCGGGGGGAUUUGCAAAGUGCUCUGCAGAAAUUGUACAACUCAGGUGAAGGUGAGAUGAUCAAAAUAAAAGUUGAUGAGACAGAAAAGGGAAACGUCCAUUUUUACUCCACCUGUAUUGAGUCGGGAGCAGUGGAUUACUUGAAACAACUUCAACGAUCAGGCUCACAAGAAGACCUGUCAACUAGUGUAGAAAAAGAGCAAAUAAUUGGUGGCAAUGUGAAAAGUACAAAACACUUACUGGCAAAUAAUCAGAUGCAAAUCGAGCGCACUAUAGACAGAGACGAAAUGGUCAGAGGAGAUGUAAACAAUGCCCUCAGAGUGUUCACGACAGAACAGGCCUUUGACAAACUGCAAAAAGAGGAGAUAGUCAGGAGUGAUUUACAAGCUGUGCUGAACUCCCUGACAGAGUCAGUAAACCAGAAAGUGAUGUUGGAGAAAGAGGAAGUAAUCAAAGGUGACAUACCAGGGGCUCUCAGGUGUUUGGAGGAGGCCCAGUGGCAAGCCAAAAGCCUGGAGAAGCCUGAAAUUGUACCAGGCAACAUCAAAGGAGCUCUCAAGUCGCUCGAGGAAUCAGCAACUAGCAAAGUUGAAAUUGUAAUUGAAGACUUAGUGCCGGGAGACAUCAAGGGUGCUUUAAAAUCACUGGAGGAGGCAAAACAACUGGUGAAAGGCUUAGAAAAGGAGGAGAUUGUUAAGGGCAACAUUCACAUGGCCUUACAGAGUUUGCAGGAUGCGUCUAACGAGAGAAAAGUUUGUCAGCACGAAAUUGGUGUCCAGGGAGACGUGAGAGGUGCUAUUCAGCAGUUACUGGAGCAACCGGCCUCACCUCAGCCGCAGAGGAGAGCAAGCAUAGAGGGAGAUGUGAAAAUGUCCAUUAAAUCUCUGUACGAAACACAAGAGCAGAUGGAGGGAGAGAAAGAGGAAAUCGUAAAAGGAGAUGUUAAAGGUAAGAUAAAAAGUCUCCUGGAAACUGCAGAGCGUUCAAGUGCUAAAAUCCAAAGAAAACAGCAGUCCAGAAAGGUUAAAAUCCCAAAAGUGCCGGCACACGAGCAACACGACGUCUGCUGUAUGUGUGCUAUGGAGCAAAUGAGCAAGUCAAAAACUGCUGUGAAAAACAUGACCUCUAAGGACACAAGUGCACAGAACAGUGUCACCAACGUGCAGACAGAGCAAUCUCAGGUACAGCACAAUACCAUCACACAGACGCACGGCAUUAAAACGCUGAGGACUGAAUUCAGAAAUCUCAAGGCACAACAAAAAGGCAUGAUUAAGCUCGAUAAAACCAAAGUGAAAACUGAAGUCAUCCGCGUGCCUCUUCCACCCUCCCCGCCACCUGCUUUACCUGAACCCGAGCCAGAAUCCGCCCUCCCUCUUCCACCUCCCCCGCCCCUUCCAGUGCCAGACUAUGAGGCAUGCCCUACUCCUCCUCCUCCUCCCCCUAUGCUCCCGGGCGACAUUGACCUCCCUCCCCCUCCUACGCCUCCCCCUCCUCCACUCUCUCCUCUUUCAGGGUCUAGGCUCGACCUGGAUAUGUUGCCCCCACCACCUACUCCUCCCCCUGCCAUGACAGAGCAGGAUUUCCUUCCCCCUCCCCCCUCCGAGCAGGAGCUUGAGUCCAUGCCAUCCCAGAUGCCCAAGAGCUCUGUCAAGAAGGCGAAGAAGAUGACAGUCAAAAAGGUUAAAGGUCCUGAGCUGUGUAAAGUCCCAAAACUGGAGCCAGUGGUGUCACUGAAAAAGGUUGAGAAGCAGGAAGUUAAUGCUGUGUCACAGGUGACUUCAACAAGUGUGAAGAUGGAGCAGAAAAUGAGUAAAACUGAAACUCAGAAAAAUGAGACACUAUCAUCCACAGUAACGAUAGAAGCUGCCAAGCCAGAAUCACCCCUGCCAUCAGUUAAAGUUUCAACAGUGAAACUCACCCCUCCUCCAUCACCAACUCCAAAGAGAAAAUCUAAAUCAAAUGCUUCUAAGUUCAAGACCCCAUUAAUUUUGUCUGAGAAAAAUUACAAAAAAGACCAAGAGGAGGAGUCUUCUGAUGUCUUGCCAUUUGAAAUUAAAAUGCACGAGUCAGUCAGCGCUGCUCUUGAAAUGCUUUCCACACACACCCAAAGCACAGAGCAAUCAGAGAUGAGCAUAGCAUCUGAUUUCACUCAAGAGCAGGCUGAAAGGACCGUGACCAAAGCCGAAUCAGACACACCAUCAUAUGAAUCAUCUGUGCGUACGCAGCCGUCAGACGUGGCCCCAAGCAAGGCUUUGAUCCCUGACAUAAAUGAUAAAUCUGCCACAGAAUCUGCCGUGAUUUCCCCUGCUAAACAGAACAUUAUCUCUAAUCAGACCUCUCUUGCUUCGUCAACGGUGCAACAGACGACUGUCUCCACUAAAAAGCACAAGACUAUUACAACUAGUAUGCAACAGGUGACCUCUAUGUCCUCCAUGCAGGCUCUCUCAUCUGUCAACAGCACAUCCUUGUUGACAUCCUCCUCUAAAGUAUCCACUGAUGCGGAACAGUCUGAAGCUGCUCUGAAAAGUGUCACAGAUAGCAAAGUGGAGAUAAUAAAAGGUGUUGCAAAUCUCCCAAGUAAAUCCCCUAAACCUGCCGGGAAGAAAAUGGACAAUUCUGAAGGUAAAAGGCAAGCAAAAAGUCCCCCUGAGUCACCGACAGAAGCGAAAGGAAGCAUUGAUGACAGCGUUAUCACGGUGAACCCACAGACCCCCAAAACAAAUGGACAAAAGGGAAAGCAAGGCAAAAAGCCUGCAAAAGAAGAGGGCCCCGCAAAACAGCCAGUGGCUCUAAAGCAGGAUGAAAAAAAGGCAGAGGAGAGUAAGAAAAAAGUCCCAGAUGUAAAACCCAAAGAAGUAAAUUUGAGGGAGCCAAUUCGAAGUCGUGAGGCCUCAGUUGAAUCCAGAGAUGGCAGGGCAGAGGGCACCCCUCGCUCAAAAAGGAGGAAGAAUAAAAAGAGAGGCAAAGGCGGGGCGGGGGCAGGGCAGCCUCAGGAGAGCAAUGCAGCAGUGGUAACAACAGCCACGAGUGGAAAGUCUGUCCAGAAACAGGAGAUUAGCGUGAUGCAGUCGCAUCAAACCGUGCAGCAGCAACACAUUAUGGUUCACAACGAGGAGGUGAUUGUUGCGGAGAGUAAAGUUGAGAAAAGCUUCCAACAGGGGGCCACAGUCAAACAUCAAAAGCAGGUCAAGAGCUCCCAGCAAAAUAAAAAGGAGACAAGCAACCAGGCUAGUCAAGAGAAAGCACAAGAUGAAAGUCAAGUGGUUCCAGUGCAAGUGACAAGUACGGUAGCACAAAGAGAGCCCGCUAGGUCCUGGGCGGAUGAGGCAGAGGCAUCAUGCAAACUCGGGGAGGCAGAGAUGUUGCUGGCUCACAUCAUUGAGUUGCAGGGAAUUUCAGCUAAAGUGGACUCAAAGUCUGUGAAAGUACUGCUCAGUAAAAUCCCAGAGUGGUUGAUUGGGCCUGAGGAGAGGGCUAAUUUGGAGCAAGACGCUGAUGACGACAAUGAACUUGCACUUAAGGACACUGUUGCUUAUGUGAAACAUAUUGUGCAAGCCAAACUUUUGUCGCUGGAGGGUGUUCAGACAAUGGUGGAAAAGCAUGAGUCUGAGGCCACAUGUGAAAGCAGUCGGAUGCAGACAAUCUCAAAAAUAACUGUUGCUUCAACCAAAACAGAAUCAUCCAAAAAGAAGAAGGCCAGCAGGUCUGACACAAAAGAACUGAGCACAGUCAUUCUUGAUCGCCGUUCACCCUCACCUUCGCUGCGCAUGCGCCCUCCCUCCCCCACAUUCAUCUCCAUUCAGUCCACAAAGAGAGUGGAAUCACCCCAGAGAAUUUCCCCUUGCCCUCCGACACCCCCUCCUCGCAGGUCAGAAACGCCCAAUUCACGGCUGAGCAGGGCCUCUGCCUCUUCCUCUCUGCCCAGGUCUGACAGCCUCACCAGGCUGAGGGAGGCCACAGCCAAGCUCUCCCGCGGCGCAUCCCCAGAUCCGGUGCCACACCCUGUCCAGGUCGCACCGGUGAGAGCUGAAAUUGUGCCGUCCCCCGUGUCAUUCCACCAGAAGAUCAGGACUGAGCAGAACGCUGCUGCUGUGGAGUCGUUGGAGAGUGCAGAUGUGGAGCACGCGCAAAUGGACGCCGCCACGUCGGUGAAAGACAAAAAGGAACUCUUCGAAGAGGCCCGCAGAGCCGAGGCUAAUAAGGAGUAUGUGCGAAAGGAUCCCAUUGACAUCCCUGAGCGCCUGGGCCCAGACACUGACGAGCAGGAGCCUGAGAGAGAGAAAGAAGAGCUGCCCAAGGUUGACAUGUCUGGCCUCCUCAACAAAUUUAAUUCGCCCAAAGAAACGGUUUAUGUCAGAAAAGACCCCAUUCACAUACCAGAGAGGCUGGGCUCAGACACAGAGGAGCAGGAGAGUGAAGAUGCAGGGAAGAAAGAGAGUGAGCAGGAUGAGAUGCCAGCGUUUGACAUCAAGGCUAUUAAAAAUGUUUUUGAAAUGAGUGAGCAAAGCCUUGCUGUCAAAGAGGAGAAAAACAAACAGGAGGAGGUGGAUGCCGAAGUGAGGGAAAUCACGUCGGCAGCUUCAAAGGAGGAACGCUCCCAGGAGGCAAAACCAGACUCCCGGCAGAACCUGCCUUUCCCUCAACACAAACAAGAACUAACGCAGAAGUCGGUUGACCCAGACGGGUUUUCCGAAACAAAAACAACCAAGGAGCAGUACUCCGGGACUGACGAGCUUGGCAACAGGGUAACCGGAUCAAAAACCACCACAACCUCCGUCUCCCAGCACACCAAGACGGUUAGUGCACCUGCACCUGUGGCUUUCUCGUACGCCGACGCUGUCAGGAAGAAAAAUGCAGAGGCAGCAGCAGCGAAAGCGGCGGCGGCAGCGAAAGCUACAGCUGACGUCUCCACGGACGAGCUGCUGAAGAACUUCCAGGAGACGUGGAGUGAGAGCGAGGUCGUGUUUAAGAGUCUCGGCUACACCGUCUCUGAGGAAAAGACUUCACAGACAACAACGCAAAAGAAGAAGAAGAGUAAAAAAAAUAAUGAUUCGAGUUCCCAAGUCAGAGCUGUGCACGGUGUGUCGAAGAAGGGUGUUUCCAAUGGAGUCUCUAAUCGCAGACAAAAAGAACUUCCAUAAAGCCUGUUUCUCCUGCGAGCAUUGCAGUGGUAAAUUGAGCCUUGGCAACUACGUUUCUCUCCAUGGGCAUUUGUACUGCCCCUCACACUUCAAGCAACUUUUCAAGACCAAAGGAAAUCUAAACGAUGGCUUUGGACAUAAUGAUCUUUUGGACAAACAAGAGUGGAGAUAUUCACAAAGUAGCAUCUACUCGACAGACAGAGACAGCCUCAUCCCUGCUGACAAAGAAGCAGUCAAACAAUCGGGCAAAACCAGUCACAACACAAGCAAAUUAUCAAUGACAUGGCCCCCCGAAAAAGACCCCCAGAAAACAUCGUUGUUUAUCGACCCAGACUUGAAAGUUGUCAAGCCAGACUGGCCCCCGAAAAGUGAUGCACCCCCCAAGUCACCUGUUCCCACCAAACGUCACCAAAGAAAAUCAAUCCCACAGAGCUAGCAAACGCAAGCAUAAAAGCAAACAAUUUGUUCAGUAUAUAUGUACAGUACUAUGAAAACUAUGUUUUGAGAGAUUUCAGAAAGUGUAAAUACUAUACAAAAAGCAAGCGGAGACAGUACAUCCAGAAAGAUAUUGUUGCAGGACUAUGGCUGACAUACUGUAUGACGAAGGGAGAUACACAGCAUGUGAAUGCAGAGAGGGUAUUGUACGGUGAAGGACGACAGCCUUGCUGAGGAGGGACGAGAGAGAGAGAGAGAGAGAGAGAGAGAGAGAGAGAGAGAGAGAGAGAGUAUGGCACAGCGAGAGUGAUGGGCCACUGGAGUGGACGUGAAGGUGGAUGGAGAUGAAAGAAAAAGGUGAAGGUGAUUUGACGAGAGUGGAGAGAUGAGAGGAAACGACAAGUGGAGGGACAGGGGACUGGAGGAAUGAAUGUGGAACUGUGGAAAAAAGAAAAAAAAUAACUCCGCUAGGAUGCUUCAUGUCAUUUCAAUUCACACAUAAUCUUAAAGUGACAACUAUGCCUCAAAGUCUGUGCAGUAUCAUUAUUAUAAUCUGCAACAAGCAUUUUCAAAAUCAUUAAGUUGCAAAUCCUGUAAUGCUAUUUUAAAUGCAUGUACUGCCAAAUGUAUUCUAUGGAUGGGGAACACAAAAUAUCUAAUGUCUAAAGAGAAUGGUAACAGUCUGUGUUUACAUACCAAAAAAGGUUUGGUUUUCCUGUGUAAUAUAUCAUUCACACCCUGAAUUGAAAGACAAUCACAUCACAUUUACACUCACACAUUUUACAAAGUCCAUGGAAAGAGGGAGAGUUGCAAUAGGGUAUCACCAUUUGUCAGUAUAUAUAUUUUUUAUUCUUUUUAAAGGUUGUAAUAUGUCCUGGAAAGUCUUUUCUGCAUAUCUUCAUUUUUACUUUUACAUUUUUCCAAGCACCUGGUGUGCAGUCGAAAGAACAAAACUCAAAAUAUGGUUCUUUCUGUAUCAUGUCAUAUCUAAAUUGGUAUUAAUUGUCUUUCUUUUGGAUAUUUUUAAACUGAUCCUAAAACAGGAAAUAUUUUACAAGGUACAUUUUAUCCUAGAUUAGUCUUAUAUUCUUUGUACAAAAAAUUAAAAGCAAAAAUGUGAUUCCUGAUAUUGUUAUCUUGUCAGGCUGGUUCAACAUUAGUCUUUAUGAUGUACUUAUGCAGCGGUAAUAAACCCCAUAGUAGAA